UAACUCACCCACAUUUUAUAUUCAGCCUUGUAUACAUUAUGGCUGACGACUGGGUAGUUGAUGAUGAUGCCGCAGCUGUUGUAGCACCUGAGGUGCCAGACAUCAAACUCUUCGGCAAGUGGAGCACUGAGGAUGUCCAAGUCAGCGACAUCAGCUUGACAGAUUACAUUGCAGUCAAGGAGAAGUACUCCACCUAUCUGCCCCACACAGCAGGACGUUAUGCCGCCAAGAGGUUCAGGAAAGCCCAGUGCCCCAUUGUUGAGCGUAUAACCAACUCCAUGAUGAUGCAUGGACGUAACAAUGGCAAGAAACUGAUGACAGUCAGAAUCAUCAAGCACUCCUUUGAGAUCAUCCACCUUCUCACAGGAGAGAACCCUCUGCAAGUGCUGGUUAAUGCCAUCAUCAACAGUGGACCCCGUGAGGACUCCACCCGUAUUGGCCGUGCCGGUACUGUCCGUCGCCAGGCUGUUGACGUGUCGCCGCUGCGUCGUGUCAAUCAGGCCAUCUGGCUGCUGUGCACUGGAGCUCGCGAAUCUGCCUUCAGGAACAUCAAGUCCAUUGCUGAGUGCUUAGCUGAUGAACUCAUCAAUGCGGCCAAAGGCUCUUCCAACUCCUACGCCAUCAAGAAGAAGGACGAGUUGGAGCGUGUUGCCAAGUCCAACCGUUAAUUGUACUACUGUACUCUGAAUGGAGCAAUAAAAUAACAACGCUACUUGAAA